CUACAAAUUGCGUUACUCGUCGACCAUACAUUCUGUAGACUCGCAGGUUCAGCGUCUCGUUCCUUUCUCUCUUUGGACUUCAAUGUCAGUUCUUACUUUGAUUCUUGGGUUUUCACUCCUGUAUAGAUAUACCAUGAAUGUGUACCGAUGAUGGGCUAUUAUCAGGUCACUUGAAGCUGUACUCGCAGUCACUUCCGAAGCACAAACGAUCAAAAAUAAACCGGAAUGUGGGGGCGUGUCAGAAGGAAUUUCUGAUUAGCCGCAUAGCCUGCGAUGAACUAACGCCAAGAGACGUGACACAUAAAGCUCACCCAUCUUGCUAUCUUGCCCCCAAGCAAGCGAUAAGCAGACCGACCAGUGAGUACUGGUCGACUAUUUGCCCCCUUAAUUGACCACGAUUCACAGGGGUCAGAGUCAUAUUGAUUAAUCUAGACGCUGAGCUAUGUCUAGAUUAUUCGCCAGGCGGACCCGCAAGGAAGUUUCAAGCCCAGCGGAAUCCAUAAGAUUAACUCUCAAGCACGAAUUUCAAGGACAUGAGAAGCCUAUAUGGAGUUUUGUCUUCUUGGACGACAACGUCCAUAUCGUGAGUGGUUCACGGGAUGGCACGAUGCGCAAGUGGAACUGCAACACGGGACUUCUUGUCGGUAAACCAUGGAAGGGGAACGGUGGAGAAAUAUGGGCACUGGCGCUUUCACCGGACGGGAAGACGAUUGCGUGCGGGAGGGAGGACGGAAGUGUUCAGCGAUGGAACACUGAAGGGGAGAUGAUGGAAGGUGUUUGGACCGGUCAUAGGAGGGUGGUGCGGUCACUCUCGUGGUCUCCCAGUGGAUACUAUCUCGCCAGCGGGUCCAGCGAUGGCACAAUCCUCAUUCGAGAAGCAAAAACCGGAAAAGUUGAAGUGGGCCCGAUUAAGACGAAGCAAGAAUGGGUGCUUGCUCUUGCAUAUUCACCUUCAGGCGACAGGAUUGCAUCAGGCGGGUGGAACGACACAAUCUAUAUAUGGGACGCGAAGAUCGGCGAGCUUGUCGUCGGCCCCAUCAAAGGCCUGAGAUUAUCUGUGAGGUCGUUGGUGUGGUCGUCGGACAGCAGCAAAAUCUACUUCGUUUCCGACACAUUCGCACGCGUUUUCGAUAGCAAAACAGGCAGAUUGUUGCAUCACUUCCAGCACAGCUAUCUCUUGUAUUCCAUCGCACUUUCACCUACAAACAAUGUCCUGGCGUGUGUGGGCGAUGGGAUUGCACAGUUAUGGGAUACAAAGUCCCAUCAGCCACUCGGCCAGCCAAUUCACCGGCAGAAUAUCCUCAAAUAUUGGACUUACUGUGUCUCAUUCUCUCGAGAUGGAACAUACCUGGCAUAUGGUGGAUUCGACAAGAAACUCACUCUCUGGAUGGUCAAAGACAUAGCUCCUGAGCUUGUACCACCCAUACUUCAACAGGAUCACAGGCAAGCUAUACAGCAGGAAACUCGACCCGGAUCCUCAGCUGCAGGAUCUUCUUGCCUCAACGCCGAUGCUACAGGUGGUGAUGAUAUCAUAGAGGAGGUUAACAACAAUCUAUACGACAAUUUUUUGGGGUCUUCUGAGCCAUCUCUUCCAUUGGCAUCAUCUGUCCCCCAUCUCCCUCCCCUGUUUUCAGGUCGCGGCUUAUGGAACGUCAUAUCUCGACACCGACGAGCAAACGAGUCCACUACAGACGAGCGUACCAAGCGCAGUUUAUUCACACGUGCUCUCGCAAACUCGCCUGGGCACCCUACAACCAACCAAUUAGCACCAAAAGGGAAGGUUCGAGCAGGCGAAGACGUCGAGGAAAUCAACCAUGAUGUUGAUUGUUCCGCCAAAGCUCCCCUUGGCGCCAGCAAAAAUAACGAAGAUACAGGUGAACAACGCGAUGAACCUCCUGCCGACACUAACACCCCGCCUAAUGAUCCCGGUUCCUCCGCCAAGCUCGACAGCGAAGACAAUAGUUGGCUAACGCACAUUCGACGGAAGGGUACCACUUCCUCCAACAUGACUGCAGCAAAUACUCAUCCCGAGGUCGUUGAGAUAUACCCCGCGCGUGGGUUCCAGAGACUCGUCGCAAUGAAGCGCGUACGCAAGACAAAACCAUUGGAAACGACAAGCGGCGCUCUUCCCGCGGCAGCACACGCAAGUUGUUCAUCCAAGGGGGGUACCACACCUUCCCAAGAUGUUCCUGUGCAGCCGGGUACAUCAAUUCAAGCUGCGUCGGGACAGGGAGUGCCCUCAUUGCAAGGUAUAAAUGGACACGGAGCUCAAGCAGCUGCAGGUCCAUCAUCACACGCAUCCCCAUCACAUUUCGUCACCUACCACGACUCUGAUUCGGACUCGAGCAUACAAGGUGACUGUAACAAAUUCCUCGACAAAAUAUGUUUCCCUCGUGGACACUACCACGAUGAUUCUUAGCGCAUGAAUCGGCUGUAUUUAUACGCUUGUAUAUCUCGCCAUGUCCUUUUCUUCCGCUCGCAAUCAAAAUCGUACUCCUUCAUCAAGCUAUUUACGUUUCCGUGUGUUCACCUUUGUAAUAACAUGUAUUGUCGACAUAUAUAGAGUAUUACAUGCUGUCUUCCGCGGCAACCUAACCACAGUCCGAGUCGGCAAUUCAAAUUAGACUGGUGACCAGCUCGUCUAUGAGGCAAGCCAAUCAUUGAAGAGCUUCGGAUCAUAGUUGCAGGCUGCAGUGACCAGAGUGAUAGAAUAAAGAAAGCAGUAGCACAAUAGUAAUAGCUAGCAGAACGAACGAACGAACGAGUUGUUUACAAGGGGCAGCGACGACCGUCGAACGAAGCUGCGCAGCAAUCAAUGUACUCGAACGUCG